CCGCGGCCCAGCCUGAGCCAGCAGCUGUUUGGCGAGCAUGGCGGGAGGGAGUGUGCGGCGCUACGUGGGGCAGAAAGUGAAUGUGGUCCGCUGGAAGCCUCCCCAGACACACUUCGGGGAGACGGACACCUUUGUGGCGGGCACCUGGGACGAUGUGGAAAAUUCUGUUGGGGUGUGGCACAUCCCAGAUUCUGAAGAUGAUCCAACACCUGUGUCCAACCUGCCACAUCAGGGGGACGUCACUGACAUACAGUACGUGACGCGAGACUCUUUUAUGGUGGGCAGCAGCUUAGGGGCGGUGAGCCUAUACAGACACACAACAGAGGGUCAGCUGGAGGUAGCAAGCUCCUGGGACCGAGUUCACUUCUUCACAACAGGCCGAGCUAGAUGCACAUCCCUGGCAUGCAGUGGUGACCAGAUUGCCUCAGUUGGAGAGGAUGGGAAGCUGGUCAUCCUCAAUCCAAACCAGAGGAAACCAGUCAGGGUGUUGGAGGGAGUGGGUGGUUGCAGCCUCUAUGCAGUGUUGUUUGUUCGCACUCAUGAAGUCUUGAUGUCCAGUAUGCAGGGUCAUCUCAAACUUUGGGAUCUGAGGGCCUCCCAGCCAGCCAAGGGUCUUCUUUUCAGCCCAGACCAGGUGGCUGUGUGCCAUUUGGCAGGCCACCCUACACAACAGCACUUGGUGGCAGCUGGUGGUGAGGAUGGAACACUGGCCCUCUGGGAUAUGCGCAACACUGGCCACCCUUUCACCAUCAUUGCUGCCCACAGUGGUCCAAUCUGUAAGGUCCAGUUUCACCCAGUGUCACCUGAACACCUUUUUACCUGUGGUCUGGAUGGUCAGCUCCUGCACUGGGAUGCCUCAGCCUCAGCGAGGGCCUCACAUACUUCCUAUAAGGGAGCCCAAGAGCUGCCAGGUGGAAGUGUGACAGUCUGGCUAAGUAGUGAAGUGUCACGUGGAGCGACAGAUACUGCCUGCAUCCUUCAAUCACCUCUUCCAAUUAACUCUGUGGAUGUGGAAGGGACAACACUGAUUGCUGGCUCUGAUAAUGAGGCAAUCUAUGUUGUGCACCAGGUGUUGAAAAAGAGGCUCGAGGACAUGGUAUAUUAGAGCUUUCCAGAUGUGGUCAUCUGUGUACUGAUGGAAAGGAUCCAAGUUUUUCCUCAUAGUACCAGAGAAGAGAGUUGGAUCCUGAGGUAUAAUAGAUAUGCUGCCUCGGACCCUAUGAAGACCAAGCUCCUGGAUGUUGAUGUUAUC